AUGUACGGCUCUGAAAAUACGAACAAGUUGUCGGCGAAGCGGAAACCCUAUAAUGCGACCCACAAUGAGCGCAUUUUCGAAUCCCAUAAAGGAGGAAAGAACCUGUGUCGCAAAACCGCGUUCCUACUACAGGGUUCGGCACAACUGUGCGUUCGCCGAAACCAGCCUCUUCGCCGUCAGAGGCACAAGACGAUCAUGAUCCAACAAUCUUUCGAUAUCAGCUCACAGUGA